AUGGAAAUCGCAGCAUUGGAAAUCGCGCGUCUAUCCGAGGAGAUUGAUUAUCUGCGAGACACCGCGAAUCGCGAGCAUGAAGCCAGAGUAUCUGCCGAAGCUCAUCUUUUGUCCAUGGAGGAUCGCAUGCUGGAGCUUGAACAAGCCGUCCGCGAGGACUGUGUAGCUGAGUUCGAGCAGCGUCUAGCGGUUGAACUGGCACGAUGGAAGGCUGGGAUGCAAGUCGAGAUUGAACGUGGUGAAGAGCACUGGGACCGUAAGAUUGAGGUGUUCGAGCGCAGUCUCGGCGUCCAAGUAGUCGUCACUGGAGCAGCAAGCGACGAUGAAGUCGAGGGCGAGAACAAAGAGAACGUCCUGGUCGAGAAUUUGCAGCAGGAGAAUGAUCGGCUCAGACGUGAGAUGAUGGUCCUGAAGCGUGAGCUUGCAGGUCGCAGCCCUAGCAAGCGAGUCCCUCUUGGUGAGAGAGACGACGUGACUACAGGCACGCCCAGGUCCAGCAAAGGCGGCGAUAGCCUCCAACGCAAAAUGGAGAAGCUAAGGGUCAGCGAGGAUGGUCGCGGUAGCUCGGCGUCGAGACGAGACGACAGCAAUGGUAGCCCGAAGAAGAUGAGGAAGCUGACCGCGAAACAUUGGGAGAGUGGAGUCGAUGAUGAUCUCUUCUGA